UCGCGACCUGCCACAUCACCUGAAGGAAGUGACGUACAUGGCGCGGAGUUGAGUUAAGAUCUAAACUUCGAAGGGAACUCCCCUAACUUAUAGGACUUUUACCUGUUGAUUUGAGAGAGAACACGAUGACGGGAAGAGAGAGAACUCACGGCCAGGUUAAACUGGGGGCCAUGGAGUUUUUUGCCGGUGGCUGUGCAGGUUUUGUUGAGGUGUGCCUCAUGCAUCCCUUAGACCUGGUGAAGACCAGGUUUCAAAUCCAGGGAGGCCCAGAGGAUGUCCACCGCUACAGAGGCAUUGCCCAUUGUUUUACCACCAUCUAUAAACAAGAGGGAUUUCUUUCUUUCUACAAGGGUAUUCUUCCACCCAUGUGUGCAGAGUUCCCUAAGAGAGCCAUAAAGUUUUUCAUGUAUGAAAGAUUUAAGAGGCUUUAUGGAUUAGCUGGCGAUAGUAUACCGAAUUGGGGUGUUUUGUGGCUGUCUGGUUUAUCCACAGGUCUUACUGAGGCAGUUUUCAUAAAUCCAUUUGAAGUUGUGAAAGUCAAAUUACAAGCAGAAAGAAACCAAUUUGCCCAACAAAAAUCAGCCUGGCACACAUUCAGAGAUAUCACAGCAGAGCAUGGCUAUAUGAGCAGAUCAGGAAUAUGGAAAGGGUUGACUGCAACUCUUGGAAGGCAUGGGGUCUUUAACAUGGUGUAUUUUGGGUUUUAUCACAAUGUCAAAGAAAUUGUCCCAUCAUGUGAAGGUCCCUUCUUGGAGUUCGGAAGAAAGUUCCUAAUAGGUUUGAUAGCUGGCUCACUUGCCUCAUGUAUAAAUAUUCCGUUUGAUGUGGCCAAGAGUAGAAUCCAAGGCCCACAGCCAGUACCAGGGCAGAUCAAAUAUAGAACAUGUUUUGCUACUAUGAGAACGGUUUAUAUAGAAGAAGGUUUCCUUGCAUUGUACAAAGGACUGUUGCCCAAAGUACUGAGAUUAGGACCAGGUGGAGCUAUUAUGUUGCUGGUCAAUGAGUAUGUCCUAGAACUGUUAAAGAAGCACAUGUGAAAGCCACUUCACAACCAUUACGUA